UCUCCCAUGUCAUGUUUUUUCUACGUCUUACCCAUUAUCUCCGCCGAAGAUCUCCAGCGAGUUCUACUCCGCGGAGGUUCUUUAAGCGGUCAUUUCCUCCGCUGUCUCGGUUAAACAUCCACAACAACCCCAGCCCCUUUGCUUUCCUUCGUCACCGUCAGACCUCGCCAGAGACAUCAUCUGCGACGAAACUCAGACAUUAACGAUGCCACCAGGCCCACUUUUGUUCCCCCUAACCAGAUCUACCAGAUUUGACCAGAGAAAGUGACUCCAGGGAAGUCGUAGCUCUUUUUAUUUUCCCUGUUGUUGUUCUCGUUUGAUGUUUGCUCUAUUACAGGCUUACAACAUCGCUCUGGCGUCCACCGUUGAAGCGACGCCAUUGACCCUUUAAACGUUGCUUUGAUUUUUUGUGAUAUUAGCCGGAAAACAUGCUAUUUCCGGUGAAUCCUGCUGGCCGGAUGUUUUGCCCUUUUAUUGUUCUUUGGAGCAGGCUACCUGAGACAAAAGAUCUACUUUCUUAAGAGAUUCGAUUCUGAACUCUUAUAUGUCCAAGGAUGAGAAGCUUCAAAGUGUUUUGGGUCAUUUUCGGAAAGAUUUUGAAGGUGGUGUUUUUGCUGAGAAUUUGGGGGCAAAAUUUGGUGGAUAUGGUUCGUUUUUACCUACUUAUCAGCGCUCCCCUACAAUUCUAUCUCAGCCAAGAACUCCACUGAUAUCUCAAAAUCAAGGCGCAUCAAGAUCGCCCAACCAUUUGGCCUCCGAGGGGCCUCCUCAGAACUCUAUGGCUGUGUCUGAUCCUCCUCCAACUCGGAGGAAUGGUACAGCUGGUUCUGCUAGACAAGAUUCAUGCUUUUCGGCCCAAGAAUCUAAUAAGUUCCCUGCAAAACAUGAUGUUUCUAUGAUUAAGUCACUUAAUCCAACUGAUCAGAGAACACUCAAACUCCGGAUUAGAGUUGGUUCUGAUAAGACAGCUCAGAAGACUACUGCUUUACACACUAGUCUUGGGCUUAUUUCUCCCUCUUCAUCGAUGGAAAAUAGUCCCACUGAGAGCGGUGAGAUGUUGUCCAAGUUUCAAGAAAUUCACAGUGAUUCUCCAUCCAACAUCCUUCAGACAAUGACUUCUUUCCCAGUUGCUGGAAGCAUGCUGCUUUCACCUCUUCAUGAGAAGUUAUUGACUUUGUCAAGAAAUGAAAAAUGUUUCGUAGACAAUGAGCAUGUGGCUGCUGCAAAGGAUACUAACCCUCAAUCUCUCAUGUCUGCCAAUGGUUCAACUUCCAGGCUGGAAUAUGGGGAUGUCUUGAUCAGGAAGAAAACUAAAUCAGUUGGUAAAAGUGAAUAUGCCGAGGAACUGAAUUCAGAGGUCAGAAAUGACACGAUCUCCUUGUUUCAGAAAAACUUGGGAACUGAGAGCUUGGAAAACAGGCACUGCUUCUCAAAUGACCUUAAUCAGAGAGUUCUGCCUGAUUUAGUAUGUGAUACUCAUGAAUCAGUGAAAGUUGCUGGUGGGGCACCUGAAGCUGUAGAAGACUCAGAGAAGGAUGUUCCUAUGAAGAAAAGGGAGAUCAAACGACUUAAAGAUCAAUUGUUUGGUAGUGAUUUGGAUAAGGAUGACUCGUUGGAAUCUUCAUCUGACCUAAGCGGUGACAAAUAUGAUCACCAGGAAGUAAGAAGUAGAUCAGUGGAACUCCAGUUUAAAAGCAUUCAGAAAAAUGCUUCUUUUGAUAGCAAGGAAGGUGGCAGGAGCAAAUGCAGCAGAUCAGUUCCUUCAUUUAGAGCUGAUUCUGAUGUAUCCGAGAGUGAGAGGGAUUCUAGUGGGGCUGUCUCUCUGCGAAAGAAAGUUGUUAUGAAAGCUGCAAGCCAUAAACCUGACCAACCUAGGAUACCUCACACAGAGAAGCAAUCAUCUGAAGGCAAAAAGAAAUUAAUAGAACAUCAACCUGGUUUGAAGCCAGCUGCAGAUGUGGCAGAGGUAAGAGGGGUUUCUGUUACUCUCAAGAACAAGAAGAGUUCUAAGAAGGAUGUCCGCGUGGCUCAUGUAUAUGAUGCACAGUUAGAAAAACCCACAAAUCAACUGGAUUCUCUGAGUAGACCUCCAGGUGAUAAGUUGAAGAAAUCUAAACUGGAGGCAUGUAAAGGACAACAGUCAUCUUCUGCUAAAUCAAGACAGGUGCCAAGCAAAAAAGUUGAUAGUCAUGUGGCAUGUGUGGCCCCUAUGAAGGAUCCUUCAGCCGUGGACAUAAAGGAUGCGAAGGAGCUGGCAUCUGAAGCUGAGCCACCAGUUGCUCCUGUUGUUAUUGAAGAAGAUUGGGUUGCCUGUGAUAAAUGUGAGACGUGGCGUCUUCUUCCAUAUGGUACAAAACCCGAGCAUUUGCCUGAGAGGUGGAUGUGCAGUAUGUUAUACUGGCUGCCUGGAAUGAACCGUUGUGACAUUAGUGAGGGGGAGACGACAAGAGCUCUGCAUGCCUUGUACCAAAUGCCCCUUCCUGAUAACCUAAGUAGCCUUCAAAAUCAUGCUGGUAGAAGUGCGGCUGGAGUAGUUCCAGCUGACAUGCUCGGCAGUAACAGUCAGAAUGCGGGUUUCGAUUACAUGGCUAACGGAGGAAAGAAGAAACAUAAAUUAAGAGAGACACCAAACACAAGCAGCAAUCAUGGUCCAUUGUUGACCACAAACUCAAACUUGCAACAUGAACUGGUCAAAAGAAGAAAUUUGAAGAAUGUGAACCAACCUGUUGCUGAAUCAAAUUCAAUUAGCAAAUCCAAUGCACAGAUUCCCCUUAAGUCGUCUGAUGUCCUUGGCAAACAUCUGAACAAGCCGAAGGAGCGCAUGGCUAAUGGUGAUGAAAAGCCAAAAAAGAAAGCCAAAAGGGAGUCCGAUCAAUAUGAUCACAGGGAUCUGAAAAAAUUAAAAAUCAAAAGUGACCAAGCUUUUGUGGCAACUCGAGAAGUUGUGACCGGUAUCCAGGACUACAAUGAAAGUGGUAAUUUGAAGGAGACAAAGCCUGGGGUGACAGAAAGGUUACAAAUUUUGGAAAAGAAGCAUGGCAAUCGAGCCCAGGAUUCAAGGAAUAGUGGCUCGAUUGACGUAAAAACCAAUAUUGGAAGAGAAAUUUCUGUAAAGAAAAGAAAAUUGAGGGAUCAAGACUAUUUAAUGAAUUCACAGAGUAAUGAUAAUCACUUGCGUGACAGUGAUGGCAAUGCAAUUGUGAGGGAGGUUAGUGGUGAGAGUGGUUCCAGAAAGCAGAAGAAACCCAAGGCGUUCCAUUCUGAAAAAAAAGAGUCCAGUACAAGCAGGGGUGAAGAGAAAUCAAGAACAAGAGGUACAGCUACCAGAAUUGUUCUACCAGGAACCAGGGAUUUUCCUAUAGACAGAAGUGUGGAAAGAGAACAUCAGACAAAGAAGUACAGAGUGAAGGUUCAGUCUCGAUUGACGAUGGAAGAUAUUGAUUCAUUGAAAAAGGACUUGGGUUCUGAACAGUUAUCAACGGCUGCCACUUCAAGCUCUUCAAAAGUUUCUGAUUCCCGGAAACGCAGAGCGAAUCACCAAGCGAAAGGAUCACCUGUAGGGUCCGUUUCAUCAUCUCCCAUGAGGAUGUUCAUCACGAGUAAGGCUUCACCUGCAAGAAUGGAGAGUUCAGGGAAAGAUGAUGCUAAAUUGGAAGAUAUUGGAAAUAGCCAUAUGGGUAAUAGUACUGUUGAUGUUCUGGAGGAAUGUAGCCCCUACAUGACUGAGAAGCAUGCUGCAUAUUGCUCUGAUGGCAAGGGUAGAGUCAGCAAGAAACACGUUUCUAUGCCUAACGAACAUAAAUCUGCCAAAGAUUCAACAUUGCAAUUUAAGGAGAAUGCUGGUUUUAAUACUCAAAGGGUAGAAGAGAAGAUAUCUGAUCAAAUGGGCACCAAGGAAGUCCUGAAUUCAAAGAUUGACCAUAAUUAUCUUGACUCUAGUACUAAAUCUUUCAAAACCAAUCAAAAAGUUAGUAAGAAAGAUCCCACACAUUGUAGUGAUACCAGGAGAGAGCACCGAUUGAAGCAUGAUGGUGUUGGGUCAACUACAAAGUUGAAUAGUGUAUGCGACAUGGAAGGAAAAGUUCUUACGAAGCAAAAACCUCCUCAGGAAAUUGAUGCUCGAAUCGUAACAAAUGGUAGAUCAACUCAGACAGAAUCCAGGGACCGAAGGUCACAAGUUGGUGCACAUGCUGAAGAUAAACUAGGCACAUCAGUUAUCAAGAGCAAACCUGCUUCAGGUUCCCAGAAAGGAAGUCUUAAAGAUGUAGGGACUGCUAAUACUUCUGUAAGUGCCAGGGUGUCAACUAUGCUAAAAGAUCCUGGCAUUGGUGUGUGUCAAAAUGUGAGUCACAACAGCAUGGGGCAUUUGGAGCCUGAUCAUUGUGUGGUGCAGGAACCUAGUGCUCCCACCCCCUCAAAAAGGGAGACCUCUAGUCAGACUGCUUCUACCGUCUUGAGAGAAGCUGAAGACCUUAGAGAUGUUGCUGAUCGUCUUAAGAACUCUGGAUUUCAUGCUGAAUAUAAUGAAGCUUAUUUCCAAGCGGCAUUGAAGUUUCUUCAGGGUGCUUCACUUUUAGAAAGCUCAAAUGGGGGAAGUAGCAAAUCCGGGGAGAUGAAUCAAAUACAAAUCUAUAGUAUCACAGCCAAACUUUGCGAAACUUGUGCACUUGAAUAUGAGAAACGUGGUGAAGCUGCUACUGCUGCUUUGGCCUAUAAGUGUAUGGAGGUUGCAUACAUGAGGGUGGUAUACUGCAAAAACAUGAGUUCGAGUAGAAUUUGGCAUGAUCUGCAAGCAAGUUUGCAAGUUCCCCAUCAAGGUGAAUCUCCUUCAUCUUCCGCAUCUGAUGUUGAUAACACAAACAAUCAAACAGUGGCAGAGAAGACUGCUUUAUCAAGAGGCUGUGGUUCUCAUGCUGGAAAUCAUGUUAUUGCUCCUCGAAACCGUCCUAGUUUUGUUCGCCUGCUUGACUUUACAAAGGAUGUAAAUUCUGCAAUGGAGGCAUCUAGAAAAGCGCAGAAUGCUUUUGCAGCUGCCACAAACCUUGAAGAGGCAGAGAAUAAAGACGCUAUCAUUUCUGUUAAACGGGUUAUUGACUUCAGUUUCCAGGAUGUAGAGGAGCUAAUACGUUUGGUGAAGCAAGCUAUCGAGGCAAUUAACAAUAAUGGUUUUGGUGGCAGUAGAGGUUAAAUCAACCUGUAUUUAAUGUGGUUUUGCUUGUUUUCACCAUUCACAAGCAGGCCUUUGGAAAUGGGAGGGAAGUGAGGAUCUGUAUUGCAAUUUGGUGAAGAGGCAUGCUGUUAAGUGUGUUAUAUUCCUGUACAUGUGUACAAAGUGGGAUUGAUUUGCUAUUUCAUGAAAUUUUGAGAAUUCAACUUUUUGGUAUAUGAUAAGGCCACAGAUGCUCAACCUUAAAAUAUACAGGUUGGGGACGAGGUGUAUAAAGUUUCAACUCUUCAAGGAUAAGAUUCAGAGUUUGCUUAAGAUCCAGUUUUGAAUAUUUGGUUCUUUCUGUUGGCAAUAGAGAAAAAUAGGAGUAUGGAUAUUGAGAGCAUUAGGUGACAUAUCUAAGUAGACAUGAGUUCCAUUCUAGUCCCAGUGUUUCAUCCUUUACUAGAGGACUUGGAUCCUUGGGUUGCCGUAUAUAACUUAUUUUUUCUAAUGGAACGUAAGGCACAAUUUUGGUGGAGGAAUUUAGUGGAAUUACUAUGUUAUCUGCCAUUGUUUCUUCUUACUCCCUCUUUUUUUUUUUUUUUUUUUUUUUUUUUUAAUUUCGUCAAAAUAUAUGACAAUAAGCCACUGAUUCUGCCUCACAAAUUUUGUUUUAUAUACUUGGCAUAUUCCCAAGGAACUUCGCAAAAAAAAAAAAAAAAAAAAAAAAGAAAGAAAGAAAAGAAAUAAGGAAAAGAGAAAGAGAGGAAAAAAAGAGGGGAGGAGAUUGGUACAGAAUUGCAUUUUCUGGUAUGUAAAAGAAAGGAUUGGAUAACAUGGUUAAUCACUUAUGUCUGCAUGCUUGUAAACAUCUUAUCAGCUUCUGCUCUCUUUUAAUGAGCCAAGAAGAUGUCAUAUUUUUUUUGGACAGCUUGGUAUCCAUUAAAUCUGUUGAUCUUGAAAGAACAUUCUGCAGAAGAAGUUGAAGUUUUGCUGUAAGUUGCGCCAUCCUUCCCUUUGUUUGUAUUUAUGAAGAUUAGACUUGAGUUUCCUUCCAUGUUGCCUGGCUGAGUUUUCAACUGAUCUUAUUGUGGGGAAGUUGCAACAGGACAUCUGUUUAGUGCAGUCAACGAAUAGGGAAAUGUGUUCCUCGUGAGACACGGUCAAACUCUGGUUGCUCCUUGUGUUCCGGAAAGGCAUGCCAGGUAAGGCUAUCGUCUGUGGUCCUUUACUCUUUUCACUAGAUGUUGUUGUUUUAAGUUUGUAACCCGCUUAGAUAACAAUAAUUAAUUGAAUAUGUGUUGCGUGCCAGCAAAAGUUUGGUUCAUCAAUGACUGACAGCAAAAUUGUUUCCAGAAGGCCGACACCAAAUGCAUCAUUAUUUUAUUCAGGUGUCUAUAGCUACAUUUCUGACUUGAUAGUGGUAUCAAGAUGUAUAGUAGAUAAAUAACUCAUGUUCCUAGUCUAAUCCAGAAAGAUACCAAAUUCUCCUUUAGGUGCUUCAACUGCGGUAUUCUUGAUGCAACAAAAUUAAAACAGAUCAAAAUGCCUAGUCACAACUGUUUUUAGCAUUUGAGAAUAGAAGUUAGCGAUGCUAGUUUCUAAUAUAUCUAUCUUUCCUUAGUAGCUUUGGUUUUUGGAUUUAAUCUAGUUUUAAUUUUCCAUUUGAGCCGUUAGUUUCUAGGAAAAAUGAGAGAAUUUUGGUGUUUACUAGUGAUAAUCUUCUAUGAAGGAGUUGAUGGUUAGGCAUAUUUUGCUCUAAGUGCUAAUAAAAUUAUGCAACUGCAGCAUUUUCUGCUAAGGUGCUGAUACAAUUAUAUAUAUCGUUAACAAUUUUUUCCUGUAGGGGGUAUGAAUGAAAAGAAAUAGGCAUCUUGGAUGACAAUAUUUGUCGCUUGGGGGGGGGGGGGGGGGGGGCGGUUAUGGUGUACAUCACUCUGGUCAAUUUAGUCUAGUCUGUCAAACUUGUUUAGUUCUAUCAUGUCCUUGUUGUAAUGCCCAUUUAUGUGGAGGUAGGAUAAGAAAGCUCCAAAGGUAGUUGGGAUGGCAACAGUUAUAACCCAAAUAUUUACCCUGUAAAAGGGGACAUUGUGGUUGCCCUUUUAAGUGUCUGUGCACUGGAAAUCUGCCUGACUAUAAACAUGGCUUUGCUUGUGAAAUGGUUUCGGAGAAUCAUUUUUGAAGUGAGUUCUUUGUGCCAUGAAGUAGUAUUGAGCAGAUAUGGUAAUAGAAAUAGGAGGGAUGAUUGGUGAGACUAUAUAUUCUGUUCGCUUACUGUUGACGUAGUCAUCAUAUUACAGUGGUCAAGGUAGUGAAAGAUAUGGUGGAGGGUGGAUGAUGAACCGUAAGGUGGACAGAAAACUGCUGAUUUACUGCCACAGGUAUGUACUACGUUAUGAGUAACAGAGGAUAUUCUCCCAGCUGAUUUUAUAUUUGUGCCAUGAAGUAGUAUUGAGCAGAUAUGGUAAUAGAAAUAGGAUGGAUGAUUGGUGAGACUAUAUAUUCUGUUCGCUUCCUGUUGACGUAGUCAUCAUAUUACAGUGGUCAAGGUAGUGAAAGAUAUGGUGGAGGGUGGAUGAUGAACCGUAAGGUGGACAGAAAACUGCUGAUUUACUGCCACAGGUAUGUACUACGUUAUGAGUAACAGAGGAUAUUCUCCCAGCUGAUUUUAUAUUUGUGCCAUGAAGUAGUAUUGAGCAGAUAUGGUAAUAGAAAUAGGAUGGAUGAUUGGUGAGACUAUAUAUUCUGUUCGCUUCCUGUUGACGUAGUCUUCAUAUUACAGUGGUCAAGGUAGUGAAAGAUAUGGUGGAGGGUGGAUGAUGAACUGUAAGGUGGACAGAAAACUGCUGAUUUACUGCCACAGGUAUGUACUACGUUAUGAGUAGCAGAGGAUAUUCUCCCAGCUGAUUUUAUAUUUGAGGAACCAAUAACAGGCAGCUAUCUUUGCAUGAGAGUUUGCUAGGGCUUACUGGAGAUGACCUGGUGCAGAGUCUCAAAUUUAGAGAAGGAUUCUUGUCAACUUAUCUGCUGUGUUUAAGGGAGAUGUUACACUAUGGUUUGCUGUUUUUAUCAUCGGUACAUGUCAACUGAGUCAUGCUGGAAUAAAUAACAUCUUGUUUUGCUGCUCUUUGCUUGACAAGGGAAAGAAUGGAGAAAAAAAAACUACUGUGGGAAUUCAUCGCGUAUCUGCUUAUUUUAGUGUACCUGGGAGUUGAAGGAGAAAACAAACUACUGUGGGAAUUCAUCGCAUAUCUGCUUAUUUUAGUGUACCUGGGAGGGGAAGGACAACAUGUUUCUUUUUCUUGAAGAAACAACUGUUUCAUCAAUCACAUAUCAUAGACAAUGUGAAGUUGGGUCACUACUGGAUGUUACACUUGAAGCAUGUGGUUUUAGUUUUAGUUUUGUUAUUUGUUAUUAUAGCGUUGCACGUUAUAAACGUCUGUAAUUUGAUUAACAUCAGGAAUUCCAUAUUCUGUUUUGGCUGUGACAUGUAAGAAUUGGAUAUUUUCUGAUAAUCCCUUUUCUCAUUGCUGUCAA